AUAAACUUUAGUCUUUGUCAACUUUGAGUCGGUGUGUGUUGACUUCCAUAUUUUUCGCUCAAGCGCRAAAACCUAAAAAUAUCUCUAUAAUCACCUGGAAAUCAAAGGAAAGGCUUGAAGGACGUAUAUUCAUCGUUCACAAAAAGCAUUUGUUCAAGUUGUUUGGAUCUUGAGCACUUUGAGCAGAAACAUUAAUAUCGCCUUUAAACAAUAAUAUUACACGAGGGGGACUUGCUUGCGUUACAGAGGUCGGACUUUCAUUGUUGCACAACUGUUUUUUAUUCACGAUUUUCGAAAAAAGACCCAGGAUUUGAGAGAAUAUGUGCUUCGAGGAGAAAACCGAUAAAGUCAAGGAACAGUUCGUCACUCUUGCGAUGGAAAAGCGUGUCAGGAACAAGCGAAAACGCGAUCCUGAUAUGUAUGUGGAUGUACUAUUAUCAUGUACUGUCAAAAGACUGAAAUGUGAGAUGUUCAAUAAAGAUUACAAGCGUAAGCCUUGGAAAGAGCGCGAAAAUUCUACCUUUUGGGAGGAGAAAGUUAAGGAAGAUUUGCCUGAACCAGUCAAGGAAGAUAUAUCUUCAAAAGAUGAGGUGGAAAUGGCUGUAGAAUGCUUACAAUCUGUGUUAUUAGAGACACUUGAUAAGGAAAAGUCGUAUUCAGUUGGAAAUGCCAACGAUGCAGAAAACAGAAUCGAAAGCUCACGAAAUAACCAAUGUACUGUUGAUUCGAGUUUUAUCGAAGAGACAAAAAUUUAUCCUGAUCAAAAAAUACCUCAGGAAUCCRCGGCAUAUUCAAGAUGUGAGGAUCUAGAUUUCGAUACAUUGAUGCAAAGCCUACUCGAUAUCUGUGAGCCAUUGACUUGCAAUUUAGAUGAACUAAUGAAAGAAUACAGCAUUGAUCCGAAUAGUUCUGGACCUUUCGAUUUAUUAAGCUCAAGCGAUCCGUUUUUACCUGGAAUGUUUGAGGUUAUGUGCUCCUAAAAGGAGCUCAGAGGGUGAAUUUAAUAUCGUAUUUAAAUGUAAAACUUUGUGAUUAYACAUGCUAUUGCCAUGUCACAACUGAACAUAUAAAUGGCUUUCCCUUCCGCAAGGAAAUUUCCAGGAAAAACGAUAUAAACUUACACGAUACUAUUAGUUUCUAGAAUAACAAUAAAUUUGAUAAAAAUAAUAAAAAUGAUAUAUUUAUUAGAGAAUACGCUGGCCUAGAAAUGUUCUCGAAUCUCUGCAACCUCUCCAGAAAUUUCUAGAUCUGGGUGACUCAUGAUUAUUCAAUCGCCUUCCUCUGUAAUUUUUUCUACUUAAAAUAUCAUUUAUAAAUUUUGUUAUAAAACCAGUACAAAAAUGCUAAAAAUACGAAGUAGGCUCUAUUUAUUCCAAAGCAAAUUGGAUUAGUUUAAGAAUAAAAUGUAAAAUGUCAUGUAUUUAAGAAUGAAGACAUUAAAAUUAAUGCAAGUG